CAUCCUAAACCUCUAGGCUCUAACUGUUAACUAAGCACAAAGUGCAAACAUCAAGAGAUGCUGCUCUCUCACCACUCUUCUUUCCACAACUCAAGAACUCAUAGAGCUCAAAACUGAAACUAUCAGACCUCAAAGUUUUAACCAUAACCAUGUCAUUAUCUGCCACCACAAGUGGUCACUCAUCUCUUUACUCUGCACUUACAUUCCCAACAACCACCCAAAUACACUCUAAGCAAAACCCAACCUUGUUUUCUCCCACCACCAGGUUCUUUUCUUCCAGAAACCACUCAUAUUCAGGUGUUUCUUAUAGUUUCUCAAACACCCUUUUGUCAAGACCAUUCCUUUUUGUGGUUAAAGCUUCAUCUGAGAUUGGAUCAGAAGCAUCCAAACAGGAGAGUGACAAGAGUGAAGGAGAAGAGGAGCCUUAUGAAGAGUAUGAGGUAGAAUUGGAUCAGCCUUAUGGGCUCAGAUUUGUAAAGGGUAGGGAUGGUGGAACUUACAUUGAUGCUAUUGCACCAGGAGGAUCAGCUGACAAGGCUGGACUGUUCACUGUUGGGGAUAAAGUACUUGCCACUAGUGCAGUUUUUGGGACUGAAAUUUGGCCUGCUGCGGAAUAUGGAAGGACAAUGUACACAAUUCGUCAAAGAAUUGGUCCAUUACUCAUGAGAAUGCAGAAGAGAUACGGGAAGAUAGAGACUGGUGGUGAGUUAACUGAAAGGGAGAUUAUCAGAGCUGAGAGGAACUCAGGUGUAAUCAGUGAUAGAGUGAGGGAAAUUCAAAUGCAAAACUCCAUGAGGAAAAGGGAACUGAAAGAGCGCAGAGAAAGGGAUUUGAGAGAAGGAUUACUACUCUAUAAGAAUGCCAAAUAUGAGGAAGCACUUGAGAAAUUCGAGUCUGUUUUGGGAUCAAAGCCAGAACCUGAGGAGGCGGCAGUUGCUAGUUACAAUGUUGCUUGUUGUUACUCUAAGCUAAAUCAGAUUCAAGCUGCACUUUCUUCGCUCGAAGAAGCUCUGGAUGCUGGUUUUGAAGACUUUAAGAGAAUCAGAACUGAUCCUGACCUGGCCAACGUAAGGGCGUCAGAGGAAUUUGAUCCACUAAUGAAAAGAUUCGAUGAAUCAUUUAUCAAUGAGAAUGCCAUCAAUGCCAUUAAAUCUCUUUUUGGCUUAUUUGAUAAGAAAUAACCCAUUGUGCGGACAUAAAGUUUAGCUGACUAAGGAGUUGUUUGAGCAAUAAUGCAAUAUGAUAAUACCAUGUCAUUUUAUUUCUCAUGUAUAAAUUUAUAGUUGAUCCCCUUCAAUGGGAUGUUGUUUUAUAUACUUAGUAUAAUCAAGCUAAAUUAUAACAAGAGCUUACUAUCAAUA